AUGUUGGUGCCCGUCGUUCAAGUCUUGGCUUUGGCUGCGACAGUCCAGUCAGCUGUAAGGACUCGAGAUGCCGCGGAAGACUUACAGCGUCAGGCAAUCACAGCACUCAGGAAGGUCAAGGUAAAUGGUACUGAUUGCUCUGUAUCCAACGCUGCUGUUCGAAAAGACUGGGACUCAAUGUCAGGCAAGGAACGCAAAGCAUACACGACUGCCGUACAGUGCAUGCUUUCUUCCCCAUCGAAGUCUGACCCAGCAUUGGUCCCAGGGGCGCGCAACAGAUACGAUGAUUUUGUUGGGCAACACAUAAAUCAAACUCUGACCAUCCACGGCACCGGAAACUUCCUAACAUGGCACCGACUCUUCGUCUACUCGUACGAGAAAGCACUACAAGAAGAAUGCUCAUACAAGGGCUACCAGCCAUACUGGAACUGGUUCUCCUACCAAGACGACCUGAAGCAGUCCCCCGUAUUCGACGGCUCCGCAACAAGCAUGAGCGGCGACGGUUCCUAUAUCUUCCACAACGGCAGCGUAGGCGGCGGCGGCACCAUCUUCCUUCCUUCAGGAGAAGGGGGCGGAUGUCUCCAGGAUGGUCCCUUCAAAGGCAUGGUUGCGAACCUUGGUCCUGUAUCCCCAACGAUGAGAGGCCAAACGAAGGUCAACGGCAGCCUGUCAUACAAUCCUCGCUGUUUGAAGCGCGAUUUGACCACUUAUGCAUCUUCGAACUGGCUUACGGUCGAGAACUUCCUGAACUUGACCACUGGAGAUGCUUCGAAGUCCAUCAUGCUUUUCCAGAACGAGCUGCAAGGACGCUUUCCUGACGGGUUUCUCGGCCUCCACGCCGCCGGCCAUUUCAGCAUCGGCGGCGACGCUGGAGACAUCUUCUCGUCGCCGGUAGAUCCAGCCUUUUUCCUGCAUCAUGCAAUGCUUGACAGAGUCUACUGGAUCUGGCAAGCCUUGCACAGGGAGCAGGCGAACACGGUCGCUGGCACACUGACGCUUAACAAUAAACCACCGAGUCGUAAUACUACUCUGGAAGAUUUGAUACAGAUGAACUGGUUGAACGUGGAGGCUAUGCCGAUUGGAGAUCUGACUGAUACUCUGGGGGAGAAGCCGUUGUGCUACAUCUAUCAGUAA